ACAUCUCCAAGUGACUUCUCCAGUAGGAAAUAUAUUCCGCACGUGAAGCAAGCUGAUUGUUCCAAGUUUCCAUCCAAUAGUGUCCUGUCUGAGUUUCUCCUGGAUGAGGUAGUCUCGAUCGGUUCUACCGUCGGCACGUGAAAUAAGUUAGACAUAUUCUGAAAAAUAGCAGUACGAGUGAAAAAGUGAGGGAAGGAAGACGACGACGAAAACUUUAGCGGCGAACCUGGUGUGAUACGAAUGAAGAGCUUUGUUUUGCACCAAUUCUGCAAAAUUUAGGUUGAUCACAAUGACCGCCAACUUUCUUAAAGAUUACAUGGACUUGGAUGAGUUUUUGGCCGUCAAAGAUCUUUGCACUGGCCUUUCUCGAACUGAGAGUGAUUACUCGGAAGAUGAAAUCGAUCAAGACAUCGCUAAUCUCGUGGACGAUGAAGAUGUCCCUCCGUUUUACACCUUUCCACCUUCGAAUAUUCCUCAGCUAUCUCCAGAUUGCUUCGGAGGUAGUACCAGCGAUACGGACGAGGGACGAGGUGAGAGUGUUAGCUCUGAAAAUCCUGCCUCUUUAAGCUCGAGUGAGUCCCUUAAUUCAAAUGAGACCGAGAGAGCCUCUCCCAAGAAGAGAAAGCGCAAAUCAACAGUGAAAAAUGACGACGCACAGAAAACAAGUGCACCGCGAAGAAGGAGAAGGAAAGCAGAAGAUACCAAAGAGAAACAGGGGAAUACAACAGCUGGCAAUGAUGAGGGAAAACAGCCGCGAAAGAUCUCGCGACAGACAGUGAACGACGAUGUUAAAGAUGAAAAAUACUGGGAGAGAAGGAGGAAGAACAAUCAAGCUGCCAAAAGAUCUCGAGAUCUCAAGAGACAGAAAGAGUUAUGUGUUGCGGAAAGAGCUGCUUCGCUGGAAGACGAGAACAGACAGUUACGAGAGGAAGUUCAGAAACUUCGUGACUAUCUCAGAACUCUAGACGAAAAGAUGGAUAAAUCUUCUACAGACUCUCAGUGAAGAAAUCUCCUUUGCACAAGAUGCUGUAAAUAUUGAUUUUGUUCCCUCGCCCUUUCCUUGGGGCUAAAGUCUUCUGCACUGAAAAUUCACCAUGGAAAGCUGCUGACCAAUUUUGUGGCAAUACUUAAGUUUCCAGCACUAAUUACAGGGUUUAAUGCCAACCUGUUAUCAAGAGUGUGCAGUUGUACUGUACCUUGCCAGACACUUGGACUGGACUCUACCUAUUCAUGUUCAAGGUGGGGACGUUAUUUGGUAUUUGAGGCUGUGCUCUUGCAAAGCACAGGUACCAUAAACAAGUGAGCUAAAGUUUUGGGUUACUUGAUGUGUAUUGUCUUCAUAUGAAGUCUAAGAAGAGCUUGGCACCCAAGAUUUCUGACAGGAAAGCCUUUGUCUUUUAGGUGUUGAAAUGUCAGGGAUAUGUCGAAUGCUAGCCUUGUUGUGUCUAGCGGUGAGGGAUGGGGUAUACCCAAAUGCUCUGUGAAUUUUGAGACAAAAGUUAAUUUUACAUUCGCACCCUUUCACAAAUCCUUGUGCAAAAUGGCUCAAGGUAAGCAAACUGUACUUUUCAUAGAUAAAAGAAUCUGAAAUUUUUAAUCAACUAUAAUUGUUCAUAUUGACAGGAAUUAGCUGAUGAGUUCCUGGCAUCCUAUUAAAUAUUGACAAAAAAUUUUGAGUUAACUUGUUCACUGUAAUAAUUAUUGUAAGUAAGUAUGUUCAGAGAAGGUUAUGAUUCAAAGAAUUAUGAUGCAGAAAUAGGUAGUGAUAGCAGGUAGUAAUAAUGAUAUGCAUUCAUAAUUCAUACUUGAUAUUCUUGUAAAAUUACAGCAGUGUGUUAUUUAUAGAUUCUGGAUAACAGCUCCAAACUUGGAAGUUGGUGAUCAAACACCAAAUAGGAGUGGUUUUUACAGGUUAAUUAUGGAAAGUGAUUAAGUGAUAUCACUGUUGAAUUAAGGAAUACCUUUUCAAAUUUGAUUGAAGUAGUUCUAGUAUGUUUACAUAUUUUAUUUGCCAAAGUGUUGUAAUGGAACAUGUAGGUGUAUGUAAUUUUUUUUUCUAUCUCACAUUUGAGAAAUGUAACAUCAACAUUUAUACCUUGGUCUGGUAGUGUUUCAAAACAAUUGGUAUUGAUUGAUGUGUAGUUUCAUUAGGUGUUUGACAUAAAGUGAUUUUAAUUAACCAAAAUAAUAAUUAAAAAAGUUUGGAUUUGUU